AUGGUGUGGGCUGCAAGAUGCGCCCAAUGGAUGCAUCGCUGCCAGCCUGCGGCCUUUGGAAGGAGGGUGCCCGAUAGCUUGGGCCGCGGCAGAUGGUGUCCCGCCACGCGGCAGGGCAUACAGAAACAGGUGUGGGUCUCUGUCCAGAGGACGCUGAGCAGCGCAGCACCACAGCCGUCAGCGCCAUCAGGUGCAAGUGAAGCACCCGGCCCACCUCCUGUGCAUCCGUUUUUUAUGGAAGUCCUGCGCGGCAUGGGCCAGGUUGUUUUCUGUAACAGCGCUUUAUCGGGUUCACUUAUCGCUGGUGCGCUGCUGGUGGGAGAUGCAGAGCUCGGUAUCACGGCGCUGGCAGGUGUCACCUCUGCCACACUCACAGCACGUGCCGCUUCGCUGGAUACAAAGGCCAUAUCCGACGGACUGAUGGGAUAUAAUGGAGCACUAGUUGGAUGUGCCCUUUCUGUUUUCCAGCCUGGUGCGGGCCUGUGGGCUACCCUUGCUGGAACGAUAGGGUGCUCGCCCUAUUUGCUCACAUCUUUGGCUAUGGUGGGGCUUACAACAGCAGGUGCAGCUGCAACAGUGCCACUGGCGGCGAAGCUGGGUCCUUUGCUCGCUCCGGUGCCGCAGUACACAAUCGCCUUCAACGCGGUUGCUCUGACGAUCCUGGCUGGAUUCGUCUUGGCAAUGCCAGCCCCAAAGAGCAAGAACCCGGAGCCAGCGGCAGGUGGAUCGCCGAUGGGAUUCCUGAUGCGGUCAGGAGCGAUUCCAGAUAUGAUUGAGGCAUCUCUCCAUGGAGUGUCGCAAAUCUUUGUCGUCAACCAUGCUGGGGCAGGAUUGCUCAUCCUUGCGGGGAUUUUCUGCUACAGUCCUGCAGCAGCUGCGGUGACCUUCGCCGGGUCGCUGCUUGGCAACGUCACGGCCGUUCUGUGCCGACAGGAUAUUGACGAGGUGAUGGAUGGCCUCUGGGGCUACAACUCAGCCUUGACUGCUCUGGCUGUCUCGAUUUUCUUCGUGCCGCUGGGGGCACCCUUUGCCCUGCUGGCGUGUGGAGGUGCCAUGGCAUCGGCUGUGGCGACGAUUGGAUUCAAGGAAGCUCUUGGAAAUGCAAGACUCCCCCCAAUGACCGUUCCAUUUUGCGCCGUUGCGUCAGGUUGCUUCCUGCUUGGAGGGCGAGUUCCAGGUCUUGUCCAUGCGAGACUUCCUCACUCGCCUGUACUUGCGGAAGCCAAAGGAUUUGAGGAGGUCUGCAGUCAAGGUACUGGUGCCUCCGUGCGCGUUGAGGGCGAGGUCGUGGAGUCGCCGGCCAAGGGACAGGAGGUGGAGAUCUCCUGUGGCACAGCGGAGCACAGCAUAGAAGUUCUUGGAACGGUCGACUCCAAGGCUUAUCCGCUAGCCAAGAAGCCCUCGCCUCGGAUUUGCCAACCGACGGACAUGCUUGGCGUACUGGCUGCGCCCGGCCGCAGUGUUGCAUUGCAUGCGUCCAACAUCCAGCCGGUUUCGGAAACUCUGGAUGCCCGGGACGCGAUGGCACGGGCUGCGGGCCUGGCCACUGGGGUCUUGGUCGUUCAGGUAGAGCACCUUUGGCGAAGUUGGGCUCCGGUGAGGACAAGAUCUUCGAGAUGUGAGAUGACAGACAGGCGCUUCGAGCUGGUGUCGAAGGAGAAAUACCUGGAGUCGAAACUUGCAGCAUCCACAACUUACUUCCAGGCAUCUGGCGGUAUGAGGUGCUGCGACCUAAAGAUGGGUUCUGGAGAGGCGGCCGAGAAAGGCUGGCUCAUCUGCAUCCACUUUGAAGGCAAGCGACUGAAUGGAAAAGUCUUGGAGAGUUCCUACAAUGCCGGGCCCAGCCCAGUCUGCAUCGAGGCCGGAAACUGCCCGGAAUUCCCCGCGCUUGGCGAAGGGGUGCUAGGCAUGCGUGCAGGAGGGCGGCGGGAGCUCAUCAUUCCACCGCGUAUGAACCGCGAGGGCGUGGAAGAAGUGAUGAUCUACACUGUUGAGGUGGCGAGUGUUGCGAGCUUUGGCAGCAAUAAGGUUAUUGGCCUCAUAUCGUUUAUGGCAGCGAUUUGUGCCUCGCUGAUGGGCUCAGACGUUAUGGACGGCAAAGAUCCGUCGAACCUGAUUGGGGCGGUCAGCCGUGUUCGCAACAACUUAGCUAUGAGUACACACAAGUUCUUCCAAGACCGAGGAUUUUUGUAUGUGCACACACCCAUCAUCACCACAGCAGAUUGCGAGGGAGCUGGUGAGAUGUUCCGCAUCACGGCGGAGAAGGGGGAGGAGGCUGCACAGAGCAAGGCAGAACAGGAGAGCUCCGAAUUUUUUGGUAGAGCAGCGUACCUCACGGUCAGCGGUCAGUUGGCCGUGGAGAACUUUUGCUGCGGACUGGGUGACGUCUACACCUUCGGCCCUACUUUCCGCGCCGAAAAUUCCAGCACCACUAGGCACUUAGCCGAAUUCUGGAUGAUCGAGCCAGAGAUGGCAUUCGCCAAUCUCCAGGAUGACAUGGAUUGCGCAGAGGCAUUCAUCAGGUUUUGCGUCUCCAACGUCCUGGAGGCCUGCAAGUCCGAUGUGGACUUUUUCAAUCUUCGAGUCGACAAAGAGAUCCAGGAGAGAUUGGAGUUGAUUGCAUCCACGCCCUUUGCCCGCAUGAGCUACACAGAGGCAGUGGAGGUACUGCAGAAACAUAUUGAGAAAAAGGACGUGAAGUUUGAGUUUGAAGUUGAAUGGGGGAAGGAGCUUCAGACAGAGCAUGAGAAGUUUCUCACCGAUGUGGUGUGUAAAGGCCCCUGCAUCGUUUACAAUUAUCCCAAGGAUUGCAAGGCCUUCUACAUGAGACUGAAUGAGGAUGGCAAGACGGUCGCCGCGAUGGACCUCUUGUGCCCAGGAAUCGGAGAGCUUGUGGGAGGUUCGCAGCGCGAAGAGCGCAUAGAGGUCGACGUCGGCCUGACAGCGGUUAUGGAGCGAGUACACCUCACGCCCGGGUUGGACAGGUUGUUGUUCGUGGCGAUUUUUCUGGAUGUCAUUCGCGUCGUGAGUGCUAACUUGGACAGCAGCUGCGCAGGGCGCUGCGAUGUGCUGCAGCCUGGUGCAGACUGCCAAUGCAUCAGCUGGUGUGUGGAACUUGACGACUGUUGUUCGGACUAUUUCGACACUUGCAGAAAUGCGCCUGCGAAGUCUAAGUCGACAACGAAAGCUGCUGCAGAGGUUAGCUGGCGCAGCCCGGCAUGGCAGGAAACCGCACCUUCGCCGGCUCCAGCUACAACGCGCCGACCUACACCGACCACCAUUGAGGUGACCCUCAUGCCCACCACCACCAGAACCACAAUCACAUCAACGACGCGAACAUCUGUCACUUCCACAUCCAUUACAACCAUCACCGUCACCUCAGUCACAACAGUGACGACAACUACAGUUUCCACACUGACAACGACAAGCAGGACAACUGUAACCUCCACGUGGACCCGCACGUCGACCCGCACGAGCAUCACCAGCACCAGCGUGACAACAGUGACCAAAACAAUGACGAAAACCUCGACUUCACACACCACAACUUCGCUCACGACAAGAAGCACGCUUACCACGACGACCAGGACGAGUUUGACGACAACAAGCUUGACGACAACCAGCUUAAGUAGCUUAACGACGACAAGUUUAACUAGUCUCACCAGGACAUUGUCCUCGACAUUGACAGCAACCUCACAAACCACCGUGUCAACAACAACCCGGACAACUUUGUCAACAACGACCCGGACAACCCGGUCAACAACGACGGCGACAACAUUGUCAACGACGACUCGCACAACACAAGCAAAGGCAUUGCACAUUGCGGCCGAGUCAGCGGCCGAGCACUGGAGAGGAGUCGGUGCAAUGGAACCUACGGCAAAAACAGCGAAGCCACUGCAAGCGGGAGAGCUAGUUCGGCUUGGAAAUUUUGCCGUGGAGGAAGACCAUUGCAAGAUAGGUAUGGAGAUCACGAACGUCGAGGUUGAAGUGGACGGCAGACGCCGUAGUUUCCUGUUGUUCCUUCCUCCGGCACUUUUCGUCGGAAAGCUUCCGCUCUGGUUGGUGUUUCACGGCACUGACAACAAAGCUGCAGACUUCCUGCAAUACACAGGUUUGGAUGAGUUCACCCGGAACCAUCACAUUGCCUUGAUCGCUCCACAGGCGCUACCAAACUCAGACUUCUACGGCCAGUCUCAGUUCAAUGUUGGUCUGCACAGCCAACCCGAAGAGCGAGAGGGGGUGCAUGAUGUUGCUCUCAUCAAGGCAGUUCUUCGAAAGGUCAUGCAGCUUCCGUGCAUUGACAUCCGGCGGAUCCACUGCACCGGCUACUCGAACGGAGCCCGUUUCUGCAUGCGGUUGGCUUCGGAGUUGUCUACCAUCAUUGCAUCCGUGGCCCCGGUGUCAGGAAUACGAUUUCCAAGUCCAAACAAUGCGAGCAGGCCCAUGCCAGUCCUUGCAUUUCACGGAGAUGCCGAUCCCAUCAACCCCUGGGGAGGACAUGGCAUGAGCUACUGGAGUUCUUCGGUCCCUGAUGCCCUGCAAGACUGGGCCAAAUUUAACAGCUGCAGCCAUGCAGACUUUGCCCCAAGCUUUGUGGAGCAAGAAGGUUUUGCAGUGGCUUCGUACAAAGGUUGCCAGGGCGAAGCAACAGUGGAGCUGAUACGGCUGCAUGGAGCUGGUCACCAGUGGCCCGGUGCUGCUUGGAAGAUCCCGAACCUGGGCAAGGUUGGCAGGAUCAACGCGAACCGUCUCAUGCAUGAAUUCUUUCGCAAGCACUGGCUGCCGCAUACGGGGACUGUCUUGCAGCAGAAGUCGCAGGCCAUACAGUCUGUGUCCAGCGAGCAGAACACCCUCAUCGCACGACUGGUGGUUGUGUGGGCCGGUCUCGUUGCUCUCAGCCUAAUGCUGGCCUGGAAAUGCAUCUCAUCUCGCCGCCGCUCCAACUGCCAGUCGCCGCAAGGCAAUGAACUGGGUCCACUGCUUACCACAGAGCUUGCAGCUGAGCUUCUGACCGAUGCAUAG